AUGGCCUCCCGCCUCUCCCAGUUAAACGCCCACCUCAACUUCCCCCGCGGCCUACUUGCCGGCCAAGUCGCCAUCAUCACCGGCGCAGGCCAAGGCAUCGGCGCCGAAGCAGCACGGCUUUUCGCCAACGAAGGCGCAAAGGUCGUUGUUGCUGACAUUGACGGCGAGAAAGCAAACGGCGUAGUCAACGCCAUCAACGGCGCCGAGUCCGGCCGCGCCAUUGCGGUCGUAGGAGACAUCCUCGACGACAAGUACAUCCAGUCUCUCGUCGACAAGGCCGCCGAGUUCGGGAACGGCAAGAUCCAUGUUAUCGUUAACAAUGCCGGAUUUACAUGGGACGGGGUUAUUCAUAAGAUGACCGACAAGCAAUGGGACACCAUGGUCGCGGUGCACAACACAGCGCCAUUCAAGCUCAUCCGCGCCGCGGCCAAGUACUUCCGUGUGAAGGACGGCGAACCCCGAGUCAUCAUCAACAUCUCGAGUACGAGUGGCAUCCACGGGAAUGCAGGACAAGCAAACUACGCCCUCGCCAAAGCCGGCGUAGUCGGACUCACUCGCACAAUCGCCAAAGAAUGGGGCCCCCAGUUCGGCGUGCGCAGCAACACCAUCGCCUUCGGAUUCGUGCAGACGCGACUCACGGCCGCAAAGGAGAAGGGCGCAUUCAUUACCACGCCCGACGGUACCAAGGUUGCCCUGGGCAUUCCGGGACAACAAAUCAAUGCGCGCCAGGGGGGUGAGAAGCAGAGUUACCCUGAUAUUCCGCUUGGGCGGCCUGCGAGUCCUGAGGAGGCGGCGAGGAGUGUGCUUGGGGUUGUGAGUCCGUUGUUUAGUUAUGUUAAUGGGGAGACGAUUCGGGUUACUGGCGGGCGGAAUAUGUAA